ACGUCUGACUUCACCACUAUGCCACACAUUAUUAUUACACAUAUUAUUUCUUUUUGUGGAACGAGUGUGCCUUGGCCGCUUUCCAAACACAAUCAGCGUACCUUGGCCUUCUUCGAGUCCCUGUGACUUUUUCAACACGAUUGUUUUGUGUCCUCACGUGCUGUUUUCCUGUGCACACAUCAGACACAUCAGACAGAGCUCGAGUGAACUACUAACGACUGUACAAUCCUGAUGAUACAGAGUGGUUGUUUUUGUUUUUUUACAAUUCGUCAGCAAAAUGACCUCGGAAGUGGUGAUCCGGCCAGCGCGUAUGACAGAUUACUCCUCUGUUGUGGAAGGAAUUGGGGACGUUUACUGGGGCAGGGACUACUUACCUGCAAAGUACACAGAGUUUCUUCAAGACCCAGACUUUCUGUGCUUUGUGGCAGAGGUUGACGGAGAAGUGGUCGCAUUCUACUUGGGAGAACUGGUGGACAACAGACAAACAGUGGAUAAGAGAGCAGGAAGAGUCAAGGACGGAUAUAAAGGUCAAGGUAUUUUCUCCAAGUUGAGUGACACCAUUGAGGCUGAAGUGACAAAACUAGGAACAGUCAAGUGGGAGGUGAUGGCAUGUGAGAAAAAAGUUGCAGAGAGAGUCAGUAAGGGAUUCACCGAGAAGAAAGGAUUCGAGCUGAUUGUACACGUGGUAAGGACUUCUCAACAUCAAUGAUGAAAUGUAACUUUACACAACAAAAGCUUUUUUCCAAACCAAA